AACGGGAUCAGUUCUCGCCCAGUUCUCGAAUCGCGUGCCACACCACCUGGGAAUACGGAUUUCCAUUCCCGUCCCUCGAAGGAUAAACGCAGCAGCAUGAAGUUGAUGCGCACAGCGACAUCGCUGGCUUUGGUCCUGCUCCUGGCCACCAGCUACGUCCGAGCUGAGGACGAGAAGGCCGCCGCUCCCGCCGAGGAGAAGAAGGCUGAGCCGGAGGCCAAGGCUGCCGAGGCAGCGGCCAGCGAGGACACCACCAAGUCGAAGAGAGGACUGCACCACUACGAGGACUACCACCACCACCACGUGCCCCACUUCCCGGUGCACGAGGAGAAGACGCUGACCGUGAUCAAGAAGGUGCCAGUGCCCGUGCCCAUCGAGAAGAUCGUGCAUGUGCCGGUCGAGAAGCACAUCCAUGUGCCCGUUAAGGUCAAGGUGCCCAAGCCCUAUCCGGUGAUCAAGCACAUUCCCUACGAGGUGAAGGAGAUCGUGAAGGUUCCCUACGAGGUGCCCGCUCCCUAUCCCGUCGAGAAGCAAGUCCAUGUGCCCGUCCAUGUGCACUACGACAGACCAGUGCCCGUUAAGGUUCAUGUGCCCGCUCCUUACCCAGUCGAAAAGAAGGUCCAUGUGCCCGUGAAGGUUCAUGUUCCGGCUCCUUACCCAGUCGAAAAGAUUGUCCACUACAAUGUUGAGAAGCACGUGCACGUGGACAAGCCAUAUCCCGUGGAGAAGGUUGUCCACUACCCGGUGAAGGUGCCCGUCGACAAGCCAGUGCCCCACUACAUCGACAAACCAGUGCCCCACUAUGUGGACAAACCAGUGCCAGUGCCCGUGAUCAAGAAGGUGCCAGUGCCCGUCCAUGUGCCCUAUGAUCGUCCCGUGCCCGUCCAUGUGGAGAAGCCAGUGCCCUAUGAGGUCAAGGUCCAUGUGCCCGCCCCCUACCCGGUGAUCAAGGAAGUGCCAGUGAAGGUGGAGAAACACGUUCCGUACCCGGUCAAGAUCCCCGUGGAGAAGCCCGUCCAUGUCCACAUCGAGAAGCACGUGCCGGAGUACCACGAGAAGCAUGUCACCUACAAGGAGCCGGAGUUCCACCACAAGCACAUCGAGGAGGAGCAUCACCACGCCCCCAUCCAUCACCACUCGCACCCCAUUGUGGAGCAUGAGCACGAGGUGGAGCAUGAAUUUGCCUCUCAUGAUUAUCAUUCAUAUCACGGUUACUAA